AUGCGUCAUUUAGAUUGCGCCGUUGUCUUGCUCCUUCUACGAAGUGUCGUCUCCAUUUCAGGUGAUUGUUUUCUCAAGAUCGAUUCAGGAUAUUGCAAAAAUAUGGUGGAGCGGUGGGCAUUCAGUCGUGCAGUACGUCGUUGUGUGCAGUUCAACUACGGAGGUUGUGGGGGAAAUAAAAACAAUUUUCGAUCGCUGCAGGAAUCACUAUUCAGCCAGAUCGUUUGCGUCGAGACUCGUUGGCAGUGCGCAACUUUUGAUGUCUCUUCCAGGAUUCGAACCUUGAGUCUACGGUGUGGAAGCUGA